UCUCUCUUUCCCUCUCCUCACUUCCAUCCCCACAUGAGAAACAGUGCUUCACUGUACCGGAUGGACACCAGGUCCCUUUUCUCCUCCUCCUGGUCCAAUAUUUUCCUUCCCUCUUUUCUCCACCUCUAUCAUCCAGUAGGUUCUCUCUGCCUUCUCCAGAUCCCCUUCUUCUUCCAAACACGCACUCAUCUCUUUCUCUCUGUUGCUAAUUUUCCCCCGUCGCCCCACUCUCAGUCAGCAUGGUGAACAGAUAACUGCUAAGCUGUUGAACAUGGGCUCCUGCCUCUGCAAAGGUCACCAAGAGCUGCAAAGUGGCCAGCAGCACCCCAUGGAAGAGCUUCACUCAUAUGCUGAGGGACAGCCAAUCUUUAAGGGUAACCAUCAGUCCUACAAUGGCAGCAUGUCAGAUAAAAGGAGCAGCAGCGGGUAUGACAUUGGAGAAUUGGCUAAUUCUUCCCUGACGGGACUGCUGGCCACUAUUAAAGACCACAUCACUAAGCCCACUGCAAUGGCCCAGGGCCGAGUCGCCCACCUGAUUGAGUGGAAGAGUUGGGGAGGGGAAGCGACGUCUGGAGGAGGCUGGAGUGGCUGGACGAGAGAUGGUGGAGGAUGGGGAGGUGUGGGAACCGCACUGCAGGAGGACGAGCAGCUCUACUCCCACCUCACUGAUGAAAUCAAAGAAGCACGAUUUGCUGCGGGUGUGGCGGAGCAGUUUGCUCUGGCUGAGGCAGCGAUGAAUGCCUGGUCCACACACGAUGCUGAAAAUAUAGCCACAUCCAGUACAAUUCCAUUACAAGACCCCGAGGGCCCUUAUCUUUCUCAGUUCCUGUUGGAUGGAGGGAGUUUGAGUGUUCCUCGGCACAUGUACGGAAUGCACAUGGAAGCUGAUGACACCAGCUCUCUAGCACCUUCUCAUCCUCCUCAGUCUCAGGUGCAGAGGAUCUCGCCUUUGGAAGGGUCUGUAAGACACGCAGACAGCAUCUCCCUGUCAGAGGAUGAGGUUUUUUAUAACUGAAAUGUUGAUGACACUGUGGAACGAAAAGGUUCUUUGUGUUCACUGAUGUGGGAGAGAUGCGGAUGAAGUUACGUCUGGGGUUAUCUCUUUACUGUUAAAGUAUGUAAUAGCCACAGCUGAGCCUCUUUGACAGGCAGUGAACACAGGGAUUAUUGUACACACGGACAUGUUAUUUCCAUAUCAUGUUGCCUUUUCGCAAAUGAAAGCAUCUCUGUUUGUGGUAAUGAUGAUGGAGAUUGGACUUUAUGUUAACAGGGUCAGACCAAUUACUUCUAGAAGUAGGUCAUCAUCGCACAUGAAUGCACAUGAAUCUAAAAUGAAACAUUGACUGAAGUGAGAUCAAGACCAUCAUGACCUUUCACCUUCAACUGAGUGUUUGUAGAUAUUUGCAGCAGUCUUUCACAAAGAAGCGGAGAACUGUUAGCACUAUAGACUGAAGAAAAAAAAGCCAAAAUAAAACACGCUUUUAUCUCCACAGACAUUUUCCUGCUGCAUUUCCACUAAGAACAGCUCAAUGGGGCUACGGGGUUGAAUUGGAUCCUUUGUGAGGACUCAGGAGAGUGAAAGUGAAUUAUGCCUUUGGGUAAAGCUGCAGUCAUAACUUGGGACAGGGAGGUGGAGAUUGUAACGAUUUUUCAUAUUGCUAAAUGUUUCCAUGAAGAUUUUGAGUAUAAAACGUCCAACACAGCAAA